UUUGAAUCAGCACCCUGGCUCCUGUGGGAUCCCGUCGUCUGGUUCAGUCCCAGCCGUGGUGUCCAUUGAAAGUAGGAAGUUGUUUUUUUAGUUAGUGAAACUUGACAAAAUGGCAGAAGACAACGCUUAUGAGUCAAUGCUCUGCGUCAAGCCCGAGGUUCACGUUUACCGGAUCCCGCCGCGGGCCUCUAACCGUGGAUAUCGUGCUGCUGACUGGAAGCUGGAUGAACCUUCAUGGAGCGGUAGGAUGAAAAUCACAGCUAAAGGCAAGAUGGCCUUCAUCAAGCUAGAGGACAAAAACACAGGUGAGCUGUUUGCUCAAGCUCCGGUCGAACAGUAUCCAGGUUGUGUAGUUGAAGCAGUCACAGACUCCAGCAGGUACUUCGUGAUCCGGAUAGAGGAUGGCAAUGGACGUCAUGCUUUUAUUGGUCUGGGUUUUGCUGAUCGUGGAGACUCAUUUGACUUCAACGUUGCUUUACAAGACCAUUUUAAGUGGGUAAAGCAAGAAGGUGAGUUCGCAAAACUGGAAGCUUCUCAGAGCGCAGCACCUAAACUGGACCUGAGCUUCAAAGAGGGAGAGACGAUCAAGAUCAGCAUUGGGAACAUCAAGAAGAAGGAUGCAGGUGGUUCCAAACCGCGGCAGAUGGGUGGGGGUCUGCUCCCACCUCCACCAGGAGCAAAGGCUGGAGGCGUCAUGCUGCCUCCUGGAGGACAGCAGACAGUCCCAGCUGUUCAGACUGACACUGCCCCCAUUUUGGACUUUGGUUCCUCCGUCCCAGCAGCCCAGCCCAGCUCUGAUGUGUGGGGGGAUUUCACAUCUGCAGGUUCCAACUCCAGUAAUGAUGCUGUCAAAUCAGGAUGGGUGCAGUUUAGUUGAGUCGUGAGAGAACGUGCACACACUCAGGUUCCAUACAUUCCAUGGACAGGACCAUUGUGGCAAAAAAAAAAAGAAAAACUAAGAGAGAGGAACUGUUAGCAAAACUUGACCGGCACGUUCACCGCGCUUGUUCUGUAAAGAGUCUGUUCAAGUAAACUAUAGCCCGCUGACCAACACACUCUGGAGGAACAAACAGUACAAUGUACAUAUUUUUUUACAAUCUUAUUCUUUUUUCACACUCUGCUUUACAGUGGGAUCAGUCUUUUGAUUUUUAGUAGUCAGGUAACCACUAAACCGUCACUGUUGGAGCCUCUGCUCUCUGUGAGAAAAGUGAAUAUGGUUAUGGUUGAAGGGAAAGGUUGUCUCGUCACACUAACCAGCUGAAAACAUCUAUCCAUUGCCUUAAAUCAAAUGUUCCCUUAUUUUAUUCCUAAUUUCUAGUCCUUUCACUGUCAAUCUGUCCGGAACCAGGUCCUUAUCUUGACAACAUCAUGUAUAUAUUUUCAUUCUGCUAUCGUACCUUUAUCUCAAUACACCAGCACUAUUCAUCUCAAGGUUGUCUUUACCAUUUGGGAAAGUAAAAUGGUUUACCGAUUGAAGUAUCCAUGUUUUGAUUAGCUGUAUACCUGUGUGUGUGUGUGUGUGUGUGUGUGUGUGUGUGUGUGUGUGUGUGUGUGUGUGUGUGUGUUUCGUUUUCUGAUUGUAACUAUUUGUAUCAUUAUAGUUCUUGUUUUAGGAGACAUUGCAAAGCUACAUUGAUAUUUGAUUAUUAUUUUUACAUUAAAGCUCUUAAGCCCUAAUAAAAAAACAGGAUUUUUUAAUCACAGUGUUAGAAUAUUGCCAUUGCCAUGAUUGCCAUUUUGUCUGUCAUUCAAAGUUUGAAAAUGUUUUGUUGGUAUGUUCAUGUUUGUUUUUGUGAACACCCUUCAUAUAUCUUUUCCUUGUGUCUUGUUGCUUUUUAAAAUCUGCCUUUUACCAAACUGAACUGAAAAUUUGUCCUUAAUCUUGUUGAUAAUUUGCAUUGAGUAUUUGAUUAAGUGCCUUUCUGGAAGAGAUCUAAAAUGUAUAAAAUGUAAACCUAUGUCUUCUUGUAAAUAAAUUAUAUAUUUCACUGGC